CCGUAAAUUCCAAGUCGGUGGUCGGAAAAGGAAUGGUCAAAAACAGGGCGAAAGGGAGGGAGCAUAGGAGGAAUCGGAAAGUUUGGUAAUUGAGCAGUCCAGAGCCAUCGAAUAGAUUUUGAGAGCAUCAAAGUAUAUUCUAUCGACACAGAUGCGGAGAUUCGUGAUUGGCCAAGCCAAAAAUCUCAUUGAUCAGACUCGUCGUCGUUGUUGUCAACCUCAUCAUCACAAUAACCUCCGCCUCCUCUCUCUUCUCCGUCCUUCCGCUUCCGAUUCCACCACUGUUUCUUCUCCGCGUCUCUUUUCUUCUUCUUCUUCUUCUUCUUCUUCCGACAUGCCUGGCUCUGAUUCAUCAUCCUCCUCUCUUCCCGUUACUCUCGACUCCAUCAACCCCAAGGUUCUGAAAUGUGAGUAUGCUGUCCGUGGAGAGAUUGUCAGCAUUGCUCAGAGGUUGCAAGAUGAUUUGAAGAUUAACAAGGACGCUUAUCCCUUCGAUGAGAUUAUCUACUGUAAUAUUGGAAAUCCUCAGUCUCUUGGCCAACAGCCUAUAACAUUCUUCAGAGAGGUUCUUGCUUUGUGUUCCCACACAGCUUUGUUGGACGAGAGUGCUACACAUGGUUUGUUCAGUUCGGAUUCUAUUGACCGUGCUUGGAAGAUUCUCGACCAAAUCCCCGGGAAAGCUACCGGUGCUUACAGCCACAGCCAGGGUAUCAAGGGACUACGUGAUGCGAUAGCUGCUGGAAUCGAAGCCCGUGACGGUUUCCCUGCUGAUCCUAAUGAUAUUUUCAUGACAGAUGGUGCCAGUCCUGGGGUUCACAUGAUGAUGCAGCUCCUCAUAAGUUCAGAGAAAGAUGGAAUCCUUUGCCCUAUUCCUCAGUACCCCUUGUACUCAGCUUCUAUUGCCCUUCACGGUGGAAGUCUGGUUCCAUACUACCUUGACGAAGCAUCAGGAUGGGGUCUUGAAAUAUCUGAGCUGAAGAAGCAGCUUGAGGAUGCUAAGUCAAAGGGCAUCACUGUAAGAGCCUUGGCGGUUAUUAACCCUGGUAACCCUACAGGACAGGUUCUGUCAGAAGAAAACCAGCGUGACAUUGUUGAUUUCUGUAAGAAAGAAGGUUUGGUGCUUCUAGCAGACGAGGUUUAUCAGGAAAACGUUUACGUCCCUGACAAAAAAUUCCACUCCUUCAAGAAAGUAGCUCGGUCUAUGGGCUACGGUGAGAAGGACAUCUCCUUGGUCUCGUUCCAAUCUAUCUCCAAAGGGUACUAUGGAGAGUGUGGGAAGAGAGGCGGUUACAUGGAGGUUACCGGAUUCACUUCUGAUGUAAGAGAACAGAUAUACAAAGUGGCUUCUGUCAAUCUUUGCUCCAACAUCUCUGGUCAAAUUCUCGCCAGCCUCGUCAUGAGCCCUCCCAAGCCUGGUGAUGACUCCUAUGAUUCAUACAUAGCAGAGAAAGAGGGGAUUCUCUCGUCUUUAGCAACACGUGCAAAGACCCUUGAAGAAGCUUUGAACAAGUUAGAAGGUGUAACAUGCAACAGAGCUGAAGGAGCUAUGUAUCUAUUCCCUUGCAUCAACCUCCCACAAAAGGCGAUUGCAGCUGCAGAAGCUGCUAAGACUGCACCGGACGCGUUCUACUGCAAACGCCUUUUAAACGCUACAGGAAUAGUCGUUGUCCCUGGUUCUGGAUUUAGACAGGUACCCGGAACAUGGCAUUUCAGGUGCACUAUACUCCCUCAAGAAGAUAAGAUUCCGGCCAUCGUGAACCGUCUCACUGAGUUCCACAAGAGCUUCAUGGAUGAGUUCCGCGACUAAGGGGAUUCUGUUUUAAUGAUCUCUUUACUUGAGCAAUAAUAAGAAAAGGAGAACCAUGCCGUUUCUUUUCAUGGAUGAGUUCCAAACAUAAUGUUCUUGAAAGAAAGAAAGAAAGAAAAAUAUAAUAUUAUAACAUUGUUGAACUUUUGCAUGCUUUUCCAUAGUUAAAAGUUUCGCUUUCAUA